AUGGAUAUGAAAUUAGUAAAACAAGGCAAUGAAAAUUCGAGAUCAUCCUUGCCCCAUUCCUUGGUGAUUACUAAUCUUAAAGCUGAUGCUGUAAUGGAGGUGGUUAAUUCAACAACCAGCAGAGACUACUCCAAGAAUGACGCUUGUCGGAGUUCACAAAACUUAAAAGGCCACGACAGAGUGGAAGGUGAGAAGAUUACCAACGGUAGCAGUAAAAGUAGUCGCAGUGAGAGUUCGAGAGGAGAUGAAUUAAAGAUGUGCAGAAUUUGCCAUUUGGCUAAUUGGGAGAACAGUAAUUCGGAAACAUUGAUACAGCUUGGUUGUGGGUGUAAAAAUGAACUCGGCGCUUCGCAUCUCUCUUGUGCUCAAUUCGACCUUUACUCGAUUGGUGGUGGAGUGGGAGGAAAUGGGGAGGUUCAGGGCACAGCCACGGCAACAAGAGCAAGUACAAUAGUUCAGGAUUGGGACUUGGAGCGUUGUACUUGCAUGUUUGGUGCCUGCCUUUAG